AUGAUGUUUUUAAGGUACGCGGUUUCUGUUUCCAUUCCGAAAUCGAGAUCAUACUCUCACUGUGUCCAACAUUUCAUUGAUGAUGUUGAUGUUAUUUCCUUGUUCAAUCGAUUUGUCCAUAAGAAUCCCACCCCAGCCGCUAUUGAAUUUGGCAAGAUUUUAGGUUCUCUUGACAAGGCCAAACAUUACCCCACUGUUGUUUCCCUUUCUCAGAAAAUGGAAUUGAAUAGAGUUACUCCUGAUUUUGCAACUCACAACAUUCUCAUGAACUCUCUCUGCCAAUUGGGUCAUAUUACUUUUGCUUUUUCUGUUUUGGCAAAGAUUCUCAAGAGAGGUUAUCACCCAAAUGUCAUAAGCUUCACUACACUCAUCAAGGGUCUCUGUCUCAAAGGUGACCUCUAUAAAGCAUUGCAAUUUCACGACAACUUGCUAGCAAAGGGAUUUCACCUGGACCAUGUUAGUUAUGGAACAUUGAUCAAUGGUUUAUGUAAAGCUGGACAAACAACAGCAGCCCUACAAUUGAUGAGACGAGUUGAUGGAAAGUUGGUCCGGCCUAAUGUGGUAAUGUAUAAUACAAUCAUUGACAGUAUGUUCAAAGAUAAUCUCGUUAGUGAUGCAUGCGAUUUGUAUUCUGAAAUGGUUGCUAAGAAAAUUUCUCCUGAUGUUUUCACUUACAAUGCUUUAAUGAGCGGCUUUUGUAUUGUUGGUAAAUUAAAAGAAGCAAUUCAUUUGUUUAAUAAAAUGACAUUGGAAAACAUUAGUCCGAAUGUGAUUACUUUUAAUAUAUUGGUGGAUGCUUUUUGUAAAGAAGGAAAGGUGAAACAAGGGAAGAAUGUGUUAGCUAUGAUGAUUAAAAAAGACAUUAAACUUAAUAUUGUUACCUAUAGUUCUUUGAUGUAUGGAUAUUGUCUUGUAAAUGAAGUGAACAAGGCCAAUGAUAUAUUCAACAUUAUGUUCAAAAGGGGAGUGACUGUUGAUGUUUGGAGCUACAAUAUCAUGAUUAAUGGAUUCUGUAAGAUUAAGAUGGUAGACGAAGCUUUAAGACUCUUCAAAGAAAUGUGUUGUAGAAAAAUCGUUCCUGAUACAACUUACAAUUCUCUUAUUGAUGGCUUGUGCAAAUUGGGGAGAAUCUCACAUGCUUUGGAUCUUGUCGAUGAGAUGCGUUAUAGAGGUGGAAGACUAAAGGAUGCACAAAAGGUUUUUGAAGAACUGUUGGUCAAAGGCUACAAUCUUAAUGUCUACACAUAUACUAGUAUGAUCCGUGGACUUUGUAGCAAAGGCUUGUUUGAUGAAGCAUUGGCCAUGCUGUCAAAAAUGAAAGACAAUAGUUGCAUUCCAAGCGCUCUUACUUAUGAAAUAAUUAUCUAUUCCCUUUUUGAUAAAGAUGAAAAUGAUAAGGCAGAGAAACUUCUUCGUGAAAUGAUUGCAAGAGGUCUAUUGUAA